CCUUACAGAGGGCGGCGUCCGCGGAAGAAAACGGGACACGAGAGCUCCGACAGGCCGACAGAGGGAACUCAUUUCCAGGGUGGAUUCAGUGAAUUCCAGCAGGUGUCAGGAUGUCUGCCAAGGUGAGCGCCGAGGAGAUCGAGGAGAUCAGGGAAGGGUUCAAGAAAGUCGACGUGGACGGUAACGGUUACAUCUGUGCGAAAGAACUGGGUGACCUGUUCCGCGAGGUGGGCUGUCCGCUGCCCGGAUACCAGAUCAGGGAGCUCCUGCAGAAGCUGGACCGCGACAAAGACAGCCGCAUCAGCUUUGACGAGUUCACCACUAUCUUCAAAGAGAUGAAGGAUGACCGCAUGGCCCAGGGUUUCCGGAAAGCUCUCAACAAGAAAGAAGGCAUUGUAGCCAUCGGGGGCACGAGUGAGAUCUCCAGCGAAGGAACCCAGCAUUCAAUCUCUGAACAGGAGCGCUUCGCCUUCACAAACUACAUCAACACAGCUCUGGGGGAGGAUCCUGAUUGUUCGCACUUUGUGCCCAUCAACCCCAACACCGGGGCUCUGUUCAAAGCCGUGGCGGAUGGCAUUCUGCUAUGCAAACUCAUCAAUCUUUCUGUGCCGGAUACCAUCGAUGAAAGAACCAUCAACAAGAAGAAACUCACCCCUUUCACCACACAGGAGAAUCUGAACUUGGCUCUGAACUCGGCUUCAGCCAUCGGCUGCCAGGUUGUAAACAUCGGGGCUCAGGACCUAAAGGAGGGCAAACCCCACUUAGUGCUGGGGCUCCUCUGGCAGAUCAUCAAGAUAGGACUGUUUGCUAAGAUACAGCUGAGCCGCAAUAAAGCCAUUGCAGCUCUGCUUCAGGACGGAGAAAGCCUGGACGUGCUGAUGAAGCUCAGCCCUGAGGAGCUGCUGCUGCGGUGGGUCAAUUUCCACCUGAAGACAGUCGGCAUGUCCAUCACCAACUUCUCUGCAGACAUUAAGGACUCUAAAGUCUACUUCCACCUGCUGGAGCAGAUCGCUCCAGACGGCAGCAAAGAAGAUGUUCCUCGAGUUGAAAUUGACAUGACUGGUCUCUAUGAGAAAGAUCUUAAAAAAAGGGCUGAGCUCAUGCUGCAGCAGGCCGAACGUCUGGGCUGCAGAGAGUUUGUAACGGCCACCGACGUCGUCACCGGAAACGCCAAACUGAACCUGGCCUUCGUGGCCACGCUCUUCAACAAGCACCCGGCUCUGACCAAACCAGAGAACCAAGAGUGGAUUGUUGAGGAUGAAUCCAGGGAGGAGAGAACGUUCAGGAACUGGAUGAACUCUCUCGGGGUCACUCCACAUGUCCAUUACAUCUACGGGGAUCUGCAAGACGCCAUGGUGAUCCUACAGCUUUAUGAAAAGAUCAAGGUGAAGGUGGACUGGAACAACAGAGUCAACCAUCCGCCGUUCAAGGGGGUCGGAGGAGGACAUUUAAAGAAAAUUGAGAACUGCAACUACGCAGUGGAGCUGGGAAAGCAAAAGGCUGGAUUCUCCCUGGUGGGAAUCGGAGGGCAGGACCUGUACGAUGGAAACGAGAUGCUCACUCUGGCGCUGAUGUGGCAGCUGAUGAGGAGGUACACUCUAAAUUUGCUUGAAGACCUGGGACACGGAGAAGUGGCUGGAGAUGAUCUGAUCAUUUCUUGGGUCAACAAGACUUUGGCCGAAGCUGACAAAAGUUCAUCCAUCAAAAGCUUUAAGGACAAAUCUAUCAGUACCAGUCUUCCAGUUCUGGACCUCAUUGACGCCAUACAGCCGGAGAGCGUGAACUUCGAGUUGGUAAAAAGAGACGCAGAGUCGAAUGCAGACAAACUGGACAAUGCAAAGUAUGCGGUCUCCAUGGCGAGGAAAAUCGGGGCUAAAGUUUACGCUCUGCCCGAGGAUUUGGUGGAAGUCAAACCCAAAAUGGUGAUGACCAUCUUUGCCUGUCUGAUGGGGAGAGGCAUGAAGAGGGCGUAGAGGAGCAGCAAACGGCGUCUGUCCAUCUUUGCCUGGGGAGGCAUGAGGAUAGGGGGGGGGCGGCGGCGUGGAUGGAUGGUGUCGCAGUCUGACUGGAAUUUUUCUGCCCGUUUCAUUUUUGACAGAAAAAGGCAUUCAUUAUCCAAAUUGUUGCCCAUGGCACCAACUUCCUCCCUUUACAGAACAUUCUCUUCUAAAAUAAAAGCCAUGAUCUGUGCCGGGGUUUUGAUGAGCGUUACCAAAUUUUUAUACCUCAAAAAAAAUGUCUAGAAAACCUUGUUAAGGAAUAAAAAUGAUUUUCAUUCUCAUGUUUUCAUGAACUUUUGCAAUCAGUCUUGCUGAAUACCAAGAGCCAUUACAAACCUUUGAUUCUGCUCAAGCAAAAGUAAUCGCAAAAGAUGUCGUAUUUUUCGUUUUCUUUAAAGUAUUUGACCAAAACUCGAGUGCUGCUCCAGUUUGACUACAUUUAAUAGACUCCCUAAUAGAAUAAAGCAUUAAUAAGACAGACAUUCAAAACACACUUUAUGAAUUUAGCUCAAAUUUGAACAGAAACAGGAAAUAUUUUAUUUCAGCUUUUUUUUUUUUUUUUUUUUAGAAAAAAGGCUUAAUAGUGACAGUUUUUUUGUUAGAAAUGAAAAAUAAAUGAAUAAAAUGCCCUUGAAACAAAAUGAAAAAGCAGCUUGUUUGCACAUGAAGUUUCUGUUAAACAUGAAAUCCAUGAGAUGUCUUGUAAAGAAAAUAAAAUGCCUGUUAACCCUAAAUAAAUAUCCGACCACUUAAGCUCCAAAAUUACCUUAAUUUAGCAUCUACUUAAAAGCAAAAACAUUAAUUUUUUUAACUAAUAAAUUCAGGCUUCAAAGGGUUAAAAAAAUAACUGCUGUGAGAAAUACUACUGCUAUGCUCUUCAGUGUAAAAAUAUUGUCUUAACCAUUUCAAUUUAUUGAAUAUCAUUUUUCUGUUGAGCUGAAAAUGUGUUGAAACAGAUAUUUAUAUUUGUUUUCCCCUUUGCAGAAAACAUCACAGUCUCACAAAUUUUUGUUAUCAAAAGGAAACAUCAAAUUAAAAAAAAACAAAUUGUACAAUUUCAUUGUACACUUCUGAAUAAAAUGUUAUCUCAAAGUG